AUGGUCGAAGUAAGAAGUUACAGACUGCCUCCAACAAAAUUGGUGCCAAACUCCCCACGACCUCUGCUCCACUACCCUGGACUGCUGCAGAGAGAAACUCCCGCAGACAUCCACAAUCUCUUGAAGUCCAACGGGUGGCAAACGCAAUGGAUAUUCCGUUAUGGAGCCACUCAGGACUCUCAUUACCACUCCGCCGCCCAUGAGGCGAUGGUAGUCCUGUCCGGCACAGCCAUCGUCCGCUUCGGGGUCGCAGAUACAGUGGCCGAUUUGGAACAAAACACCCACGGCGACGGCAAAGAACCAGGGGGAAUCGAGAUCAAAGCAAAUACAGGCGACGUCUUCGUCCUCCCAGCCGGACUGGCGCACAAGACUUUCGACACUUUUCCAACGGAGUCAUUCCGAUUACUCACACCCGGUGAGGCAAAAGGUAUCGCAGCCGAGGACGUUGGCAAGGCAUUGAACGAGAUCCAGCUCUCAGGCUUCACGAUGCUGGGAGCGUAUCCACAAGGCAGCAAGUGGGACUUUGAAAGAGGUGCUGAAGAUCACGGCCAGUUUGAAAAGAGCUGGAGUGUGCCGAGACCUGCGAGGGAUCCCGUUCUGGGUGAUGCGGUGGAAGGAAUCUGUGGGCAGUGGAACGAUGCCUCGGUGUUCAAGGGAAGGCUUUGA